AUGGCUUCCUUGUAUCAUCUCAAUGGCUCUCUGCAGCCUUUUGCAAAGCUACUAUUUCUCCCAGCUGUCGUUUUGAUAUCAGUCUGGGUCGUUACCACCACUGCAAAGAGAUGGAUGCGCCAUCGCAGACAGCACUUGCAAGCUAGCAAGGCUGAUACAGUGCCGCCUGAAAAAGUGCCAGUCAUUGAGCCUUUACAUGACUUUGACUGGAAGACUGCACCCAGGCCUAUUCGGGCAAAUACUCCAUCAGAACUCAUCACAAUUGACGAAGACUACCUCGACCGUGUUACACAUCGACGAAGUAUUAUUGCCACUCAUGGCUCGACUGUUCAUGGCUGCAUUCCCGAAGGUGAUGCCGCUGUGCGUGAGCUUUACACCUAUCUCCUAUCUGAACAGCUCCCCACACGGUUCCCGACCAUGUUCAAACUCUCAAAAGACAACUCCAUAUGCGAAAAUCUCGCUACAGGAAUGUCUUUCCCCACGCUGCCCGAAGGCAACAUGGAUGCGGCGCUACGUGUGCUUGGUGAGACUGUCGAAGAAGAUAUCUUCUUGUUGCAAGAGACUCCCGAAGGCCACCGCUCGGUUGCAUUCAUGUGUUGCUUUCCAGCGGGCUUUGAUCCCUCGUCUAAGCUUGGUAAAACACUUGUGGAGAUCCAUGCACCUGUGCCGUCAUACGAGAAGAUCGGUUCUAGUAUGGAGAAGUUCUUUACAAAGCUGGAAGUAGGAAAGAGUGUCAAACGAACAAACUGGUCCGUCCAGACUCAUACAGAGCUGUUCAACUGCCAGGGCAACCACAUAACUGGCGAUGAUAAGUACGAAGCUGAUGAAGAUGUUGACAUUGAAAAGACUUUCCUUCGCAUAGAGCUGCAAACCCUGACUCGUUUGCCCAGGACACGAGCCAUUCUGUUCUCUUUCAAGACUUAUCUCUACCCAGUCCGCCAGAUCAAGGACGAGGGCCUGGGGCCUGCUUUCGCCGAUGCUAUUGAGGGACUCGCCAAGGGUAAUGCUCCCGGCAUGUGGACUUACAAGAGCGCGGUCGAUGACUUGGAUGGUACAUUGACUGCCGGUAUGUGA